UGCUUGCACAGGAGCUGGUGUGCCUGUGUGUUUACACUUUUCUGCAGACGGUGGGAUUUGUGCUGAAUGUAGGCCAGCAGAAUCCCUCUUACGUCAAAGGCAGGCGGGCGGGCAGAUGCAGGGAGAGAGCUGCUGGUGGUUGUGCAGCUGUGGCCAUGGAGGAGGCUGUGGCGCACAUCAGUCUGCCAGAGCACCGCUGGCGGUGAGCAGGGAGAGACGCGAAGAGGAAAGAGACGGAGAGCACCAAUGAUGAAGACGGUCCUCAGUCUGCACAGGAAAUGGGCCCACGCGGUCAAGACCAUACGCAUCCUGCAGGGGCUCAACCCGGUCAUGGAGGAGACCGUGUGGGAGCAGUACACCGUGACCCUGCAUAGGGAUCCAAAGAUGGGCUUUGGCAUUGCGGUGUCGGGGGGGCGGGACAACCCAAAUGAGGACACUGGUGAGACGUCCAUCGUGGUGUCCGAUGUCCUGCAGGGAGGACCAGCUGAUGGAUUGUUGUUUGAAAAUGACCGGGUAGUGCAGGUGAACGCCAUCCCCAUGGAGGGGGCCAUCCACUCAUUCGCUGUCCAGACCCUCAGGAAGUGUGGCAAAGUAGCAAAAAUUACAGUCAAGAGGCCCAGAAAGGUUCCAGUCAACUUGCUCAACCGCCAGCCUUCACCUGAUGACAGAGUCUUCAGCAACGACUACAAUGAUGACUACAACUAUGAUCAGGACCACCGUAGCGUGUACAGCGCUAGGAGUGCCGGAGGCCGAGAUCACAGCCUGGAGAGGGAGCGAGGUGGAGGAGGCUACAUGGAUUCCGGCUACCAAACGCGUGAGCGUGGCAGGAGCACGGAGAGAGACCUCAGCCCGGAUCGUCCGUACCGGCGAGAUGGCAGCAGAGGCCGCACUUUGGAUAGAGAGUACAGCCCUGAUCGCCGCUACAGGAGCGAGAACACACUUGAUCGUGACUACAGCCCAGAUAGAAAGUACCGCAGUGACCGUGCAUUAGACCGAGAUUACAGUCCCGACCGGCGCUACCGCAGCGAUCGAACCCUCGACCGGGAGCACAGCCCAGACAGACGCUACCGCAGCGACCGAGCGCUGGAUCGCAACAGCCCCGAUCUGCGCUACAGGCGCGACAGCCCAGGACGAGGCCGCGGGCGAGAUCACAGCUACGAACGAGGACGGGAUCGCAUCCCGAGUGACCCACGCAAGUAUGAUGAGCCGGUAAAACGAAGUGGGAGCAGGGAUCGCCUCGACCGCUCCCCGUCACCUGCUGCCGUGCCCCUCCCUCUGCCCCGCCCUGCCCGGGACCUGGAGCCGCUGGAGAAACCCAGGAAUGUGCUGCUGCUGAAAAACCAUCCCAACGAAGAGUAUGGCCUUCGUCUGGGCAGCCAGCUCUUCAUCAAAGAGAUGACCAGCACAGGACUGGCCAGCAGGGAUGGAAACCUGCAGGAAGGGGACAUUAUACUGAAGAUUAACGGCACGGUGACAGAAAACCUGUCUCUCAGCGAUGCCGGGAAGCUGAUCGAGAAGUCCCGCGGGAGGCUGCAGCUGGUGGUGCAGCGAGACAGACAGAAGAUCCUGGUCCGAGUCCCGCCGAUGGUCGACAGCGACUCGGAGCUCGACGAUAUCUCUGAGAUCGAGUCGUACCGCUCCUAUUCUCCACAGGAUGACAGGCGGGCCCAUCACUCUGACCUCUCCUCCCAUUCCUCCAAUGAAAGACUUCGAGACAAGCCCAGAGAGGACCCUCCUAGCAGGCUGGCAAAAAUGGGCGCCUUGCCGACUCCAUUCAGAGGUGCUGACAGAGAUGCUGAAGAUAAGGCCCCUUUGCAGGCAGAGAGGGAGGAGCCACGCUCAGAAACGCCACCAGCACCAGCAGUCACUGUGGCCCCAAAGGUUCAUGCUCCCCCUAAGGUGCCGCUAAAGCCUGGCUCAGAAGACCUGGAAGUAUAUGGGCCGAACACAGUGAUGGUGCGUUUCCAGAAAGGUGACAGCGUGGGUCUGCGGCUGGCAGGAGGAAAUGAUGUCGGCAUCUUUGUUGCUGGUGUUCAAGAGGACAGUGCCGCUGAGCAGGAGGGACUCCAGACAGGAGAUCAGAUCAUGAAGGUAAACAACACAGACUUCAGAGGCAUGGUACGUGAAGAUGCUGUCUUGUACCUCCUGGAGAUCCCUAAAGGAGAUGAAGUUACCAUUCUUGCUCAGAGCAAGCCUGAAGUGUAUAAGGACAUUUUAGCAUCUGGCAGAGGCGACUCCUUCUUCAUUAGAACCCACUUUGAGUAUGAGAAGGAGGCUCCACAGAGCCUUCCUUUCUCAAGAGGGGAGAUCUUCAAAGUGACGGACACACUCUAUGAUGGGAAGCUGGGCAACUGGCUGGCAAUCCGUACUGACAAAAACAACCAGCUGCUAGAAAAGGGAAUCAUCCCCAACAAGAGCAGAGCAGAGCAAAUGGCUAAUGUCCAGAAUGCCGCUCGGGCUGCAUCGGGCAAUGACAGAGGAGAUUUCUGGAGGCUGAGAGGUCAAAGAGCAGCAAAGAAGAAAGACUUGCGUAAGAGUCGAGAGGACCUGAGCAACGUUCCAGUUACACGCUUCCCUGCCUACGAGAGAGUUGUGUUACGUGAAGCUGGUUUCAGGAGACCAGUGGUGAUAUUUGGGCCCAUUUCUGAUGUAGUGAAUGAAAAACUGGCCAACGAACUUCCUGAGCAGUUUGUCGUUGCCAAAACGGAGCCCAAGGAUGCAGGAAGUGAGAAGUCCUCUGGAGUGGUGAGACUGAACACUAUCCGGCAAAUCAUUGAACAGGACCGUCACGCUCUGCUGGAUGUGACGCCCAAAGCUGUGGACACCCUGAACUACACCCAGUGGUACCCCAUCGUCAUUUUCCUGAACCCCGACAGCAAGCAAGGUGUGAAGACCAUGAGGAAUCGCCUCAUACCCGGAUCCAACCGCAGCGCACGCAAACUGUACGAGCAGGCCGUCAGGCUGAAGAAGACCUGUUCGCACCUUUUCACAGAUGCCAUCGACUUGAACUCGGCCAACGACGCGUGGUAUGGCAGCGUGAAAGAUUCGAUUCAGGAGCAGCAGGACAAAGCUGUGUGGGUGUGCGAGGGCAAGGUGGAUGGUUCAGAGGAGGACCUGGAUCUCCACGAUGACCGCAUGUCCUACCUGUCGGCAAUGAGCGCAGACUACCUCAGCAUGGACAGCCGGAUGACCAGCGACUAUGAAGACACAGCGGAUGAGGGUGGUGCGUACACAGACAAUGAGCUGGACGAGACGUUGGACGAGCCUCAGCCUGUGUCGGCCAUCAGUCGAUCAUCAGAGCCCGUACUGCCUGACGAGAGGCCUCACCCUGAACCCCGUGGUCGUAUGAGAAGAGAGGUGCUGAACAGAGAUCCCAGCCCUCCCCCUUCUUUUGUCCCCGAACCCCCAAAGGUUCGCACCCAGACUCGGACUGACUCCACACGGAGCUACGAGUCGUACUCUAGCAGCACCAUCAGCAGCGACGCAGCAGGUGGAAACAAGCCGCUUCCUCCCCCUGUGGCCGUGAAGCCCACCAUCACCCGUCUGAACCAGUCGUCGGAAGAUCAGAGCCCGGGGAAAGACGAGGAAGAGGAGGACCCCGCCAACAAAUCCUUCCUUGGGAAGAAAAUGGGUGACCAGAUUAAAGCCUUUGAAAAGAUGGACCACCUGGCAAGAGCUCAGAGGCUCCUGGAGCUACAGGAGGCAGAAAGCGCUCGAUUGGAAAUCGCCCAGAAGCAUCCAGAUCUCUAUGCUGUUCCAGUGAAACUGCCAAAACCCAACCUCAACCGUCCUCAGCCAAUAGGUUCAAGCUCCAUCCCCGAGCCCCAGACUCCCUCCAGGCCACCGUACUCUGAGUCGAGAGGACACGAGGACGAUGAGGCCGAGUACCGCCGCCAGCUGGCCGACCAGACCAAGAGAGGAUACUACAACCCUCAGAAAUACAAAGACACUGAGCUGUAAGGCUGGGAAAGCAGGAAGUGACAUCAUCACUGUCAAAACUCUCUGAACUCUUUGUUGCGUUGUCAGUUUCAGACUUUUCAAAUUCUCGUCUCUUAUUGUGCAGAAAGUGUGUGUGUAUCCAGGUGAGACACACACACACACACACACACACACACACACAGAGUGAACUCUGGCUCACCUUUGCCACUCGCCAUUACAGACACUGUGUGCACAGCCGAUGUUUCAGUGUAAAUAUUCUGUUGGUGUCUGUGAUUCAUAUUUUAUUUUCCGCCUUUGCUCCGAGCCUCAGUUUGUGCCUGCCGUGUGUCGCCAUCACAGAGUAAAGAAAGAUAAGAAGCCCAGAAAGCUGCUAACACAGCACGCCGUGUUAAACCAUUUCAAACAGCUGGAGAUCUCACAUUUCUUGCUCACUAUGUGGAUAAGAAUUCAUAAAGGCAAAUGCAUAUAAAACUAUAGAAGCGCUGCUAAAGCCUUUUUUAAGUUGUGCAGGUUCACUUCUAAGUUUAAGGAGUGACUAAACCCAGUGGUUUUCAAACUGCGCUGCAUAGAUCCUCUGCAGGUGAGGUGUGAACAACCCCACCUGGGGAAAAAUAUGAAGUUAAACUUAAGUGAAGGACAGUCAUGGGCAAAAGUUUUGGCAGUGGCACAAAUUUUGUGUUUCUUACACUUUGCCGCUUCAGGUUUUACUGUUUUUUUUUUUCUUUCACGUGUCUGUGAUAUAGUGAAGAACAAUCAUCUCAUAAUUGCGCUUAUGAGAUGAUUGGAUUGGCAAUUUUAUGCAAAGAGUCAGUAUUUGCAGUGCUAAUCAUUAAUCAUAGCGUCUGCAGUUCUCUGGCCUGAUGGAUGGAGAUCCAUUCCUGCCUUAUCAGAGGUCCACCCUCUGACCUUAGAUUCUUGAUUGGAUUAUGUUAUGGGGAGUUUCUUGGCCAUGGAUCCCAAAGAUUAAUUUGAUCCUUUCUGACCCUCUUAGUUUGUGCCGUGGUGCUCCUCCAUGUUGGGAAAUGCACAGAUUACCACCAAAGUUCUGGUGGAUGAGUGGAAGGACUUUCUUAGAGGAGUCAGGAUUUGGCCACAGAGAACUGCAGCAGUUAAGGAGGAGGAGGGUAAAUGGUGUAAAUACUGACUUUUAAAAUUUAUGAAGUUCAGAUGAUUGUUCUUCACGACAUCAUAGAAACAGGUUUAAAAAAAAAAAAAAAACUGGAGCAGCAAAGUGUGUGAAGCACAAAAUUUGUGUCACUGCCAGAACGUUUGGUCAUGACUGCAGUAUGAAGGUCCCCGGUUUGAACCUCCUGGUCAGGUGGGACCUUCAGGUGGACACGGGUUCUCUCAGAGAGCUCCGGCUUCCUCCCACAGUCUAACUGCAUGCUGGGGUAAUUAGCAGUUGUCUGUCUGCGUUUGCCCUGUGAUUGAUUGGGUUUGCCUGCCUCUUCCAGUGACAGCUGCGAUAAGCUCAAGAAAUCUUAUCAGAAAUGUCUUUGAGGUUGUCAAUUUUUGAACAAAAUUAAAGUGAAACAACAGAGUUGCCAUCUAGCAUCAAUCAGAUCAUUUUAACCUAUUUAACGGUUUGGAUUUCUCAGUAUGUGUGAAGCAGGUGCUCACCUGUUUUUUGUGCACAAUAAAAAUAUAACAAAUGUCAAAUUAAAACCCUGUAAAAAAAUACGACUAAUACCUGGUAUUACUGCAGCAUGCAGUUGUGUUUUUCAGUGUGAUGGUGACUACAUGGGAGGCUGAACCUGAAGCGAGCAAACACCCAAACCACAGUUACAGUUCUGUGGACUGUACCUCGGUUAUUUCACUGUUUUUUUUGUUUUUUUUUUGUGUGCGACAUCACACGCUUCAGACACGCUCCUACAAUAGAAAUCAGGUGUGUGUCGGUCCAUGUUCUGCACUCUGCUGUCAGAUAGGUGUUAAUCGUCCUCUAAUCGCACCUCCCCUGCUGAACGACACAUUCCAAAGUGGACGCCCGUGUCUGCGGCACACUGCUGUGUGAGCUGGGAAGUCUGGGAAGCAGCUUAUUCUCAAGUGCCUUGCAGCUCUAAUUUCAGCUCGAGAGAGAAAAACCUCUCCCUAAAAGCACUUGUUUUGUUUGUUUUGGGGUUUGUUUUUUUUUUGCUGUUGUAAAAUGAACCAAACAGAGGUUUCAGUACAGUUACUGCACACUAACAAAAUACAUGCUGUGGAUUUAAACUGGAAACAUCCUUCCUUUGUUCUUUUUUUCUGCUUUAGAAGAGCACUGCGUUCACUGAAGAGAAAAUAGAGGCGCUAAGUCAGAAUUAGGAGCUACAGAUGGAUUUCAUGAAUGCGGCAUCUGUAUCUCAUAAUUGCACGACAUGGAAGUAAUAAUUACCAAAAAAAAAAAAAAAAGCCCUUUUUUAAGUCUUUGGUGAGUGCAGUGCUCUUGGAUGAGAUGGGGAAGCUGUGCAGCUGCAGCAUUUCUGUGUUAGACCAGCAUGUAAGUCAUGUCACGGAUUUCAUUAAAAAGUGUAUCACGAGCGAGGCGCUCAGAUGACUUUUUCGAUGGAUCUGUGUUUCUUUAUUAGCUGCUUGCAACCAGAGACAAUCACGUUUUUAUCUCUGAUGUGUUUUUUAUAUUGAAUAUAUAUAUUCAUACACCCGACUCAGUCCAGUCUUUGUGCACAGCCGUUUUGGGAAUGUGGUGACAAUCAUGUUGGUUUAUCUCUUUUAAAUGUGCUAGUUUGAUUUUUUUUUUUUUUGAUCUCCUGAGUGUUACACAACAGACUCUUGGGAAAGUCUAAUAAAUAAUUUUUGUUUUUUUGUUUUGUUA